AUGUCUGAAGCACCGAAACAGAAACCCAAGAUUUCGGCAUCCCGGAGGUUGUUCCUGAAGACUAAAAUACUGAAGAAGGCAAGUUCACUGCUUGCAACUGAGAAGGAAGAGAAAGAGAGAGAGAGAGAAAGAGUCCUGAGUGAGAGAAUUCCUCCUCUGCAACUCUCUGGCUUGUCAUUGCAGGAGCUACAGGCACUAUGCAGAGAACUCCACCAAAAGAUCGACGUGAUAGAUGAAGAGAGAUAUGAUAUUGCAGUCAAAGUGGGCAAAAAUGACAAAGAGAUUGCAGAGCUGUCCCAUAAAAUCACUGAACUCAAAGGGAAAAUGAAGAGACCUGCCCUGAAGAGGGUGAAGAUUUCGGCUGAUGCCAUGCUGGGCGCUCUUCUGGGAGCCAAAGUCAGGGAGUCUGUGGACUUUAAGGCCAACCUCAAAACAGUCAAGAAAGAGGAAGAGAAGAAAGAGGAGGUGACUGACUGGCGUAAGAACGUGGAGGCCAUGUCUGGCAUGGAGGGCAGGAAGAAGCUGUUUGAUGCUGGUCAAUAAAACCUACACUGCUGUGUUUCAACACUGUUUCAUCUAAAUAAAUAAAAGGUGCACAUCAGUA